UGACGAACUACACGUUCGGAACAAAGGACGCGCUCUUCGAGAAGGACCCGUCAGUUCCGGCGAGGUUUCAGAGGAUGAGAGACGAGUUCGAGAAGAUUGGGCAGAGAAGGAGUGUUGAGGGCGUCCUCCUCGUCCACGAACACAAACUGCCGCACGUUUUGCUGCUUCAGUUGGGAACCACUUUCUUCAAACUGCCCGGCGGUGAGCUCAACGCUGGGGAGGACGAGUUGGACGGACUCAAGCGACUCAUGACUGAAACUCUGGGCCGUCAGGACGGCGUUGUGCAGGAGUGGGACAUCGAGGACACGGUGGGCAACUGGUGGAGGCCUAACUUCGAGCCCCCGCAGUACCCCUAUAUUCCUCCGCAUAUCACGAAACCUAAAGAACAUAAGCGACUCUUUUUGGUUCAGUUGCCGGAGAAGGCGUUGUUCGCUGUGCCCAAGAACUACAAACUGGUGGCCGCGCCGUUGUUCGAGUUGUACGACAACGCCCAGGGAUACGGACCCAUCAUCUCCAGUCUGCCGCAGGCUUUGAGUCGUUUUAACUUUAUUUAUAUGUGAAUACAUCGCUACACAUGUCCUAUACAUACAGACCUAUCAUUCAUUUAUUAAUUGAUUAAACAUUAAAGCAAUUGCUUAAUAAUUUUUGUAUCAUUUCUUAUACUUUCCAAACAUUUAUUUAAUGCCA